GUUGACUCCUACUUAUGAGGACAGUGACCACAGUGAACCAGAACCAGACAGUGACCAGCAGCUCCUCUCUCACAGCUCUCCUGUAGCUGAGAGCCAGGAUCAGAGAGGAAACCAGCAUGUAGACUCAGGAUCAACCAGUCACAGUAGCAAUGUGGACAACUCUCCCAUGUCACAGACUGACUCUGAUCCUACCACAGGUGAGAAGCCGUAUGUUUGCAGUACCUGUGGGAAAGGAUUCAGUCAGAGCUCAGCCUUGACUACUCAUUUAAGAGUCCACACAGGUGAAAGGCCAUUCCCUUGCAGCACUUGUGGGAAAAGGUUCACGCACAGCAGCAGCUUGCGGAUCCACAUGAAGGUCCACAAAGAGCUGCCUCAGCAACAUGUCUGUAAGGAGGAGGAGGAGGUUGUGGUUGACCAGCAGCUCUGUGACCAAGAGAGAAACUCCAGUCUGGACCAAGAGGACCCAGAGCCUCCAGAGAUGGAACAGGAGGACGUCUGUAGCAGUCAGGAGGGAGAGCAGCUUGGACUGAAGCAGGAGACCGAUCCCUUUAUGUUGACUCCUACUUAUGAGGACAGUGACCACAGUGAACCAGAACCAGACAGUGACCAGCAGCUCCUCUCUCACAGCUCUCCGGUAGCUGAGAGCCAGGAUCGGAGAGGAGACCAGCAUGUAGACUCAGGGUCAACCAGUCACAGUAGCAAUGUGGACAACUCUCCUAUGUCACAGACUGACUCUGAUCCUACCACAGGUAACAAGUCCUUAAAAUGUGACACUUGUGGGAAAGGAUUCAGGCAGAACUCAAACUUGGGUAGACAUUUAAGAAUAUGCACAGGUGAGAAGCCAUAUUCUUGCAAAAUAUGUAGAAAAAGGUUUACAUGUAAUCAAAACGUGUUGGUCCACAUGAGAAUCCACACAGGUGAGAAGCCGUGUGUUUGCAACAUUUGUGGGAAAGGAUUCAGGCAGAACUCAAACUUGGGUAGACAUUUAAGAAUAUGCACAGGUGAGAAGCCAUAUUCUUGCAAAAUAUGUAGAAAAAGGUUUACAUGUAAUCAAAACGUGUUGGUCCACAUGAGAAUCCACACAGGUGAGAGGCCUUAUGUUUGCAACACCUGUGGGAAAGGUUUCAAGCAGAGCUCACAAUUGGAUGUUCAUUCAAAGAUUCAUACAGAUGAGAGGCCUUAUGUUUGCAACACCUGUGGGAAAGGUUUCAAGCAGAGCUCACAAUUGGAUGCUCAUUCAAAGAUUCACACAGGUGAGAGGCCAUAUUCCUGCAGUAACUGUGAGAAAAGUUUCUGUACAGCGUCAAAUUUGAAAAGACAUGUAAGAAUUCAUACAGAGCUGCCUCAGCAACAUGUCUGUGAGGAGGAAGAGGUUGUGGCUGACCAACAGCUCUGUGACCAGGAGAGGAACUUGACUCCUACUUAUGAGGACAGUGACCACAGUGAACCAGAACCAGACAGUGACCAGCAGCUCCUCUCUCACAGCUCUCCUGUAGCUGAGAGCCAGGAUCAGAGAGGAAACCAGCAUGUAGACUCAGGAUCAACCAGUCACAGUAGCAAUGUGGACAACUCUCCCAUGUCACAGACUGACUCUGAUCCUACCACAGGUAACAAGUCCUUCAAAUGUGGCACUUGUGGGAAAGAAUUUAUCUAUAAGGUCAACUUGAUUGUACAUCUGAGAAUCCACACAGGUGAGAAGCCAUAUUCUUGUAAAACAUGUGGGAAGAGUUUCACUCGUAGUGAUGUCUUGUCACGCCAUAUGAGAAUCCACAUAGGAGAUCCUGCUACAGGUAACAAGUUCUUCAAAUGUGACACUUGUGGGAAAGAUUUUAAGUGUAAGUCACUAUUGAACCGACAUUUGAGGAGCCACACAGGUGAGAGGCCAUAUUCUUGUGAAACAUGUGGGAAGAGUUUUUCUCAUAGUAGUAACCUGUUUGAGCAUCUGAGAAUCCACAGAGGUGAGAAGCCAUAUUCUUGUGAAACAUGUGGGAAGAGUUUCAUACGAAGAGGUAGCUUGAGUGUCCACAUGAAAAUUCACAUAGGCGAGAAGCCAUAUUCUUGUAAAAUGUGCCGGAAGAGUUUCACACGGAGAGAUAACAUGCGUACCCACAUGAAAAUCCACACAGGUGAGAAGCCGUAUUUUUGCAAAACAUGUGGGAAAAGUUUCAGACGAAGAGGUGGCUUGCAGCUCCACAUGAGAAUCCACACAGGUGAGAGACUGUUUGUUUGCAACACUUGUGGCAAAGGAUUCAAUCAUAGCUCAAGCUUUACUGUUCAUAUAAGAAGCCACACAGGUGAGAGGCCAUUUGUUUGCAACACCUGUGGGAAAGGAUUCAGGCAGAAGUCAGAAUUGACCAUUCAUUUAAGAGUCCACACAGGUGAGAGGCCAUAUAUUUGCCACACCUGUGGGAAAGGAUUCAGCGUGAGCUCAGCAUUGUAUACUCAUUUAAGAAUCCACACAGGUGAGAAGCCAUAUUCUUGCAGUAGCUGUGAGAAAAGCUUUCGUAGAGCAUCACAGUUGAAAACCCAUAAAAGAAUUCAUACAGGUUAAAAGUUUAUUCUUGCAAAAUGUGGGGGAGCUUUCAGACGUGGUGUUGACUUUUAUUGAUCGUAUACAAUGUAUUAAAGAUAUGGGCGUUCACACUGGGCGUUUAAACAGAACUCGGGAGUGGAUGUGUUCAUUGACAAGUCCAGUAAAGUUUAGGUCAACCAAAAGAAAAACGACAUUACUUUUAGCCAUUUUACUUUGUGCAGCUGAUGAACAGCUCCCGGACAAGCCCUUGCCUUUUUUGGGGAGGCGACUGUUAUUCAGUGGGUAGAGCAGUCGUAUCCCAACCGGAAGGAUGAAGGUUCGAAUCUUGGUACUGCAGUCCAAUGUCGAAGUGUCCUUGGGCAAGACACUGAAACCCCCCUGUUACCCCUGAUGGUUAAAGCCACUGGUUGAGUUGGUGCCACAGAUGGCUGCCUCUGUUCUGUACCGGAAACAAAUUCCCUGUGUGUAACA